ACCAUGGGACUUUUGACAUGCAUUGGCAUGGUUGUGGGAGCAGGAGGAGCAGUAGCCAGUGCUCCUUUUGUGCUGGGGGCUGUAGGGUUCACUUCAGUUGGGAUAGCAGCUGGAUCCUAUGCCGCAAGUAUGAUGUCGGCUGCAGCUAUAGCCAAUGGAGGAGGAGUGGCAGCAGGGAGUCUGGUGGCUCUUCUGCAGGCAGCAGGUAUGGCUGGUCUGCCAGCUGCUGCCACUGCAGUCGUGGCAGAGGCUGGAGGGACUGUGGGUGCUCUGGUGGUUGCUGCUCUCAUCUGAGACAUGACCAAGAUCAAGAAGGAAUAACACACGUGGAAAAAAUGUUACAAGUUUCUUCCAGUUGGCAGACAUAUAAUUAGUAAAAUAGAUGAGUUUACAAAGCCAACUACACUUUAAUAUUUGGUAA